AUGGAGGAAGCUUGGGAAGAAAAAAUUAGCCACCUCAAAAAGAUUCAUUUAAAUUUACAUAGAAGAGAUGAUAAUAAUGAAAGGAUUUCUACUGUCGAUCUCACUGUCUCACCAAAAGCUAUUGUACAUCAACCAGAUAGAUCAUAUGUUCCAAGAGGCAGAGCCAAUCCAGUUCAACCUCCAUUGUUAGCAGCUGAUCAAGACAAUGCACCAUUUCCUACUAUGGUUGUAGAGAUUGGUGUUACUCAGUCUCUCCAGUCACUCCAUGAUAAAGCCAUAGAUUAUCUUUGUGCAACCACUGAUAUUCAAAUUGUUUUAUGUAUUUCACUUUGGCCAAGAAGAAGAAGAGGAAUUAUAAAUACCAAUCUCUUUCAAAUGGUUGCACUCCUUUAUAAUAGAGUGUAUUCUGUCAAUCACCCUCAAACCGUUAUUUCCUUUGGGACAGCUCCUCUUCAUCCUUUAUCUAUUGAAUCUAUUCAAAGAUGGGGAUCACCAAACCAAGUCCAAGGACAUAUCAAAGUAGACACAGUACCAGUACAAACAAAUGAUAUCUACACCAUUAAAAUCCCAUCAGAAUCUUUAUUCAAUGGAGUACCAGGUGGAGUACCAACAGGAGUUCCAGCAAACAUUCCAUUAAAUCUUUUAGACCUGAGAGACCAAUUGACCGAUAUUCAAUUUUAA